GCGGGGGCGUUGGUCAUGUUUCCCUUUGCGCCCCGUAGCCCCGGUGGGGACGAGGCGGCCGGAACCGGGGAUGCGGAGCCGGCGCACCACCGAGGGCAGGAGGCAGCCGCCGGGCCACCCCCACCCUCGCCCGGGGUUGGCGCAGCCCCUCCCCAGCUGUCCGCCAGGACUCCUUGCCGCCGCGAUGCCCCCUCGCCGCCCCCGGCCGUGCGCGCCAGAGAGCUCGGGCCGCCUGGAGCUCCGGAGCCCUCGGCCGCAUCUGCCCAGGGGGAGCCGUCGCCGCCCUCGCCGCCGCGCCGGCGGCCGGGGCCGGACUGCAGGGCCGAGAGCCGGGGCCGGCAGGGCUUCAGCGCGGGCCUAGGCGGCCCCGGCGCCCGGCUGUUCGGGUGGCUGAGACAGCGCAGUCUGGGCCGCGGGCUCUUCGUGGAUCCGGCGCGGGACAAUUUCCGCACCAUGACUAACCUCUAUGGUUCCAUCCACCCCGCGGACUCGGUGUACCUCAGCACCCGGACCCACGGUGCCGUCUUCAACCUCGAAUACUCGCCCGACGGGUCAGUGCUGACAGUUGCUUGUGAACAAACUGAAGUUCUGCUUUUUGACCCUAUAUCUUCAAAGCACAUAAAAACACUUUCUGAAGCUCAUGAAGACUGUGUAAAUAAUAUCAGAUUUCUUGAUAAUCGGCUGUUUGCUACCUGCUCUGAUGACACUACUAUAGCACUGUGGGAUCUGAGAAAAUUGAACACCACCAAAGUAUGCACUUUACAUGGCCACACUAGCUGGGUGAAGAACAUCGAAUAUGAUACUAAUACAAGACUCUUAGUAACAUCAGGAUUUGAUGGAAAUGUCAUUAUUUGGGACACUAACAGGUGUACAGAAGAUGGGUGUCCACAUAAAAAAUUCUUUCACACACGUUUUCUCAUGCGAAUGAGAUUAACACCAGAUUGUUCCAAGAUGUUGAUCUCAACUUCUUCUGGAUAUCUCUUGAUUUUGCAUGAUCUUGACUUAACGAAGUCUUUAGAAGUAGGCAGCUAUCCCAUUUUGAGAGCAAGAAGAACUACAUCAAGUUCAGAUUUGACCACUUCAAGUUCAUCUGGUCCUAGAGUUUCUGGCUCACCUUGUCAUCACAGUGAUUCUAAUUCACCUUCUGAGAAACACUUGUCUCGAGCCUCUCAAAGAGAAGGAGUUUCACCACGAAAUAGUCUUGAAGUCUUAACCCCUGAAGUUCCUGGUGAGCGAGAUCGUGGAAACUGUAUCACGUCCUUACAGCUGCACCCAAAAGGCUGGGCCACGCUUCUUCGGUGCUCAAGCAACACUGAUGAUCAGGAGUGGACUUGUGUCUAUGAAUUCCAAGAAGGCACUCCCGUGCGACCUGUCUCACCUCGCUGUUCACUACGACUGACUCAUUACAUUGAAGAAGCCAAUGUAGGCAGGGGUUAUAUCAAAGAACUUUGCUUCAGCCCUGAUGGGCGAAUGAUUUCUUCCCCACAUGGCUACGGAAUCCGCUUGUUGGGAUUUGACAAACAAUGCAGUGAACUUGUUGACUGUUUGCCCAAAGAAGCCAGUCCCCUUCGAGUGAUUCGUUCUUUGUACUCUCAUAAUGACGUGGUACUGACAACAAAGUUCUCUCCUACACAUUGUCAGAUCGCCUCAGGGUGCCUUAGUGGGCGGGUUUCUUUGUAUCAGCCAAAGUUUUAGGCACAACGUACAUCAAAUAAGGAACUCUUCUGGUGUUUGACUCAUAAAUUACUUCAAUUUAGGUGAAGUAUUGUCUUUUUAGAAGAUCUUGUAAGUUUGGGUCAAGAUCCUGGUUCUCAUGGGUCCAUUAACACACCUGUGACCUGAGUACUUGGGCGUCCAGCAUCAUACGGGCAUGUCCAAGUUUCAGACUCUAUGCAGCAUCAUCUUUUUCAGCAUUCCUCUGCUCCUGCUGACCCUGUGCCACUGAACUCUGGUUCCUCUGGAUAAUUUGCAUGGUAGCUCUUGUCAAGUUUCCUCCUUUCUUUCUCCCUCUUUUUAUUAUUAUUAUUAUUUUUUUUAAUGUGAAUUUUGUGGGCAUUUGGCAGGAAUUUGGGAUGGGAUAGGAGAAACCUGUGACACCAGCAGUGAAUAAAACCUGGAAGUUUGAUGUUGGCAUAUUGGUCGUUGAAACAAUUUCAUCUUCAUGUAUCAAUACACUUGGCCUUUUAAAGUUACUAUAUUUCUCUACAAUGAGCACAGUUAAUUGUGUUAUUCUCAUGACUGUUAGUCUUGCAACAAAGUAUCUUUUAAGUUUCCUGUUAAAAUUAUACAAAUUUUUCACAGCAAAAGAGAUUUUGUUUGCUGUGAAGUUCUAGAAAACAGAUUGCCGCAUCUUUUUGUAACCUGCUUUACUUGUAUGAGGUUAAAAUCUCUAUUAUCUGUCCUUACCUGGUAUUUUGUUUUUAUCAACAGAAUUAGAAAGGAAAGGAGAGGAAGGAGUGUACAUUGGUCAUUUCUGUUGUACAGAAGAGGAUUUUCUUAUUGGUUAGUACAAUAUCUGGUCACAGAGUGAUGAGAGCAAUGUGACAGAUUUUCUGUAUUUUCUCUGCCAGAUUAUUUAAAUCACAGAGAAUGACAUGUUAUACUGUUGGGGUCAAAGCGGAGUCAAGAGUAAAGAGGUGGUGUUUUACUGUUCUUCGCUGAGCCAGGUGGCACAAACUCAUCUAUGUUAGUGAAGGGAGAACUGCGGUCCUCUUUUCAAGCUGAUGUCGUAACUCUGGUAGACAAUGACUGUGGAUGCCAAGACUGCGCUGAUAUGAAGACCUUUUUUUGUGUGUCACUGUGGAACACAGCAAGUAAAAAGCAUCAAGCAGGGGUCAAGCAUGAGGCCAAUUGCUCUGCUCAUGUAACCCGCUUUCCUCAGUCCCCUCCACAUUGAAUGGCAUUGUGUUUAGAAGGGAUUUGCCAUUGGCUGGAGUAAAUUUCAGCCAUGCUCUAGCCUUUCUCACUUAAAUCACACUCUCUUAAGCCAAGUGAUUCUCAACCAUUAGGGUGCACAAUAGUCAUUGAGGAACUUGUGAAAAAUGCAGAAACCUGGCCCCCACCGUAGGAGAUUCUGAUUCAACCAGGGAGAUGACAGAAAUCUGUAUUUUUAACAGGAGCCCCAACUAAUCUUUCUUCAGGUAGUCCCUGGAUCGCAGUUUAAAAAACACUACCUUAAGGCAGUAAAUAUACUUCUGUAUCCAUUUGGUGCUUAACACAACUCCCAGAAGGUAUUUUGAUUUUUUUUUUUAAGUACAUGACAGCAAUUUUAGAGGUAGAAAAUAACUUAAAAUGGAAUCAAUCCCAUUAUUUGACAAAUGAGAGAAGUUAAGUGUCUUGCCCAAGGUCACCCUGCAAAGUUAGUAUCAGAGCCAGGACUACAUUUCAGGUCUCCUAAUUCCUUGCUCAGGGCAGUUUCUACUGGCUGUUAAUGACCUAGGAACAGUUUAUUCUGUCUUUAAGUUUUUUUGGGUUUUUUUAAGUUAUAUUAUUGUGAAUACUUUUAAACUGGCUAGUAGAUUGAAAAAGGAGAAGCAUAGGACUAGGUGCUGCGAAUUUCAGCCAUAAGAAGCAAAGUAUUGUAAAUCCUAUAGAAAUUUUUAAGGAACCCCAAUACAUGAAUAAAGAUGGCAUUUCUUUGUAGGACCUAUUGAGUGAACAGCCAUUCACACACAUGUGUAUAAGUCAGAUCUCACUUGACCAAUAAUAUUGGCUCUAGGACAAUUUUUAAAAUUACAUCAUUUUACCACUGAUGUUUAAAAAAAACUGGAAAUUUUUCAGUCAAGAAAAAAAUUACCACAAAGCACAAUGAAAACAUAAGUUUGCAAUAAACUUUUUAAAAACACAUAUUUAAAAGAAAAUUUUAGAGGAAAAAACACUCAAUGUUAUCAUUAAAAACAAGCUACUAAAUAUAGUCACUGUAUUGAUAUUUAAAAGAAGGUUCUAUAAAUUUCAUCCCCUUUGGAAAGAGUUCCGUAUUAGAUACUGGACCCACAUGUUGCCCAACUCUAAACUCACCCAAUAAUUCUGUAAACUCUAGAGAGUACCUAUCACGUGUCAAAUACUGUACAUACCUUACUACCAACCUUCACAAAACUUUACAAUUGUAGGUAGGUGGAAUGAGCCUCAAUUAACUUUGGAGGGCAUAAAGGGUCAGAAAGGUUAAGUGCCUCACCCUAGUCACAGAGGUGGCAGCAGUGGGAUUUGACCCAGGUCUGUUUGAGUCCAAAGCUUGUACUCUAUCAUUUUGCCCUUUGGUUUGAAAAGAAUGGUAAAUUGGCCUUUUGUUUGUUAGCAGUCCUCUGUAAGUUCUUUAUUACAAAGCUGGCUUACCUUCUGCACCGUAUAAAAGAACGUUUACAAGAUUGACAAUUUCCAUGAGAAUUAAUACCAUAAACUGCAAGGCAUGCAUACAUACAGUCCACUCCUAACUAAAAAACCUCAAGCAGGAUAAGUAGCUGUAAGGCAUAGAAGAAAAAUGGAGGAUAAAUAGUCUUGUAUAAAUGUCACAAAGAUGAGAAGUAAAAAUUAACUGCCAGCAAACUCAGCAAAACAUUAACCUUUUUCCUCCUUGAGGAGUGUUCAUGAUCAAAAAGUUAUCAAGGGAUAUUAAUCAAGAAAUUAAAGGGCAUCACGAAUACUAUACUAUUGAAGGAAAUAACAUCUUACCAUUUCAAGGUCCUAUUUUACUUAGAGUAUAAAGUCUAAUCUGGUGUUUUUUACUCUAAAUUUUAUUCAGCCAUUUUUAUUCAUGAUAAUGGGUAAAUAUAACAGACUUUUUAUUGCAAAUUGUUCUAUUUUUAAAAGCUUUCUGCAGAACAGUGUAUUUAUGGCAGUGCUAUGUUGAAUAAGUUAGGAAGAUCAAAUAUACAGUAGUUCCUUAUUUUCAACUGUAAAAAUGAAGUGGCUAAAGCAGAAGAGACCUCUAUUUUAGUCUUAAAAAUGUGGUGGUCUUUUUCCCCAGAACCCCAAAAGCACAUAAGCACAUGUAUAUUUUGUCAUUUCUCCUUGUUACAUCCCUGAGAAGAGGUUAUACCAAAAAUUUUAAGAAAACAAGGAAAGGUAAACCACAUCUUCCCACUCCUAUGUCAGGGCAUGUUUCACUCUAGAACCAAGAUCAUAUUGUAUCAUUGCUAAAGCUUUGUUCUCUAGAAAGUGCAAUAUAGGGAAAACACUCUGAGAACCCUUUAGAAUCUUAGUGUUUCCUGUAUGAGGCAUCAUAUGUGGUAUUGGCAUCUGUAAGUAUCUUUUAAGCUUGUGUUUAACAUGAGGAGUAGUCCGAUAACUUACUGCUGACAAUCAUCCCCAUUUAAUGACCAGCAGUUAUUGGGUGCUGUGAAAAUUUAUUCAACAACACCCUGCGCUGGUCAUGAAAGAAACCAUAUAUAUGAAUUUUUUGAUAACUAAUGCAUAUCUCUAAGUGCCAAAAUUUAAAACUUGUAAUUAUUUUUGAUGGAAGUCUUUCAGAUAUGUUAGUAUACUUAACUUCCCUGCCUUCUUAAACAGCAUGCUAAGUUACAGUUCACUUUUGCAUGAUAAAAGGUAAAGCUAUAUUCAUAACGUGGUACUACAAAUACCCAGUGAGCUCUAAUGUGUGUAAAACACUUCAUAAAAUGAAAAGGGCUAUAACAGAUGUGUGUUAUUAUUAAUCGUAUCAAUUACUAUAAAGUGAUUCAGCCCUGAGGUAUGUAUAACCAUUUGCCCCAGGUUGCUGGUUUUCUUUUUUUUUCCCCUAAUAUCUGCUAAGUAGUUUGUUCUGUCUCCUGCCAUACUACCAUAUGCCUGCUUGUAGCAGGCUGCCACUUCUUUCUAAAGUGCUGUAUUCAUCUGUAAAGAGCUGGGACCUGGGAGGACUAAGCUGUCAGAGUCCACAGUGAGAGCUGGACAAGCUGCAGGGGCAGUCUGAGACAGCUCUUUUUGUUCCUUACCACUUUUCUUACAAGUUCACAGCAACCUACUGGCUAAUAGACGCGCCCUCAGCUGGUGGUUUUUCAGUUGCCACCAAGUAAAAUACUACAAACUAAGGAUGCUGCUAGGUUAAGGAAUAAAUAGCAAUUUACCAAAGUACAGCAAAGCAACAGAAAGGCUCUGUAUUUGCACAGCGGUCUUUCAUGCUUUGAAAAAAAGAUAGGAAGAAUCCAGGAGAGAAAAAAAAAGAAAAUCCAGAUAGACUUAAGACAAGUAUGUAGAUACCACUAAACUUUGUCAAUAGCCAUUAAAAUAUUAUACAUUGUUACAAAGACAGUUUAGUCUCAUGGCAAAAUACUGUUGUGCCAAAAUUUCUAUCUAAAGAUGAUUCUAAAUGGUGUUCUAAGAAUUUCUCCCGUUCAAAUGAUAAUAGAAAUUAUUGUCAAAAGGAAGUCUCAGAUUUUUACCUUUAUGCUGCUUUUAGUUGUGAAUUAGUUAUAGAAAUAUUGGCUAUAUCAAAAGCCUUAAGGAACACAUCUUAUGAAAUACAUAGCCUUAUGUGUAUAAGUGUCGCCAUAAAAUAAAAUGUCAUCCAGAGAUAAUAAAAUAAUUUUUGUAAUUGAAAAAUUUAAAUCUGGUCCAAAGUCUUUAAAAUAUUUUCAACUUUCCUAAGUUUCUUCCUUAUUCAGAUUCCAUGGUUUUUACUUUAAAAUAUAAACGUUUGAAUUUUCUUUUAAAUUUUACUGUAUCUUCCAUUUCCAAACUGUGCUUUCUGGUAAAUUUUAGAUUCACAUUUUCAGGAAAUUUGGAGUAUUCCAGAUAAUAUACUAGACACCCAGAAAGUUCUGUCACUAGGUUCUGAGGUGCUUGCUGUAAGCUCUUUUGCUAGACUGUAAGCUCCUUGAGGGCAGGACUGUCUUAUUUAUUCUUGUAUCUCCAGUGUGUGCUACAGGACCUGACACAGAGUGGUUGUUCAAUAAAUAUUUGUUGAACGAAUCAAAUGAACCGUUACCAUAUGUGGCCUCAGGCUCCCAGGAAGCCAGAAUGUGAUGUGCAAACCGUUCAGUACUAGAAGAGUCCAUCAUGAUUAUUAUAAUGAACAGAUUGUGUUCAUCAGGGUAGGAUUUUUUUUUUUUUUUUUUUUUUGUGACCAUAGGUAGUUAAGCAUUUUUAGUUGAUUUGGAGAACUGAAAAAUGAGAUACAAUUUUUCACUCAACAUUUGAAUCCCUGCUAUAUGCCUAAUCCAGUACGGAGGGACUCAGUUUUCAGAGGUAUUUCAUACGUGCAAUUGAAGCAGAUGCAGGGCUGGCUUCACAGACAUGCAACCUGUGCAGUCACAUGGGCAUCUUGCUUAGAAAGGCCCCAUUCUUGGUUUCAUACUCUGCUGUAGCUGUCUUGAAAAUUUUAAUAAGUUUUUAAAACUGCAUUUUCAUUUUGUCCUAUGCCCACAAAUUAUGUAGCUGGUCUGCGUAGGUUUAAUCAUCUUGACAUUAGGGAAACAGAAUAAUGAGGGCUACAGUGUCUUUUACCUACUGCUAGUAAAGGAACUCACAUCCAUUGAAAACUAGCCACAAAGUAAAUGAUUUAGUAAUUUUUAAAAUCUAAAAUUAAAAGUACCUCCCUCCCCCAAACUUUUUGACAGAUCAAGUGUUCUUCACAUCAGAAUUAGAAGAGCUUCCUAAGAAUAUAAUUGGCUUUUUACCUUUUCAACAGAAUUAUUUCAAGUCUUUCAAGUGGAUGAUUGUAGAAUUGUAGGUGGAUUUGUUUUAUCUACGUACAUAAAAAAACCUACAUAAAAUUUUAAGGAUUUAAUAAACCUUUGUAUCAAUAUAUGCACUGAAUAUUUUGGUACAAGUCUACCUCAUAAUGUGCUUUUAAGAAAUAAAUACUACUUUGAAACAUCUGACACACUUUUUGUGUGUGGUUAACCUGUUUAACAAGUUGAUCGCAAACUUGGUUUAAGUCCUAGUUUAAGCUUUUGUUUAAACUUCUAGGUGUGCAUCUUAGACCAGAAUCAAGCAUAAGACUAACAGAGGCAGUGGCUUGGUGGUUCUUUUUACUGACACUCCAUAAACUCUUUAGAUGGUGCAAUCCCUCUCAGACAAAGAGUUUGACUGUUCACUCCAAAUUUUGAUUAUAUAUAAAUUAUACAUAUGCUAUCGUACUGCUCUUUUAUAUGCAUUACAAAACAUACACAGAGAAAAAAAUUUUUAAAGGAGAUUAAAAAAAAAGACUGAAAUUUUCUUCCUGCACAAGGUCCACCUUGUGCUUCCACUGAAACAUUUCAUUUUGUGAAGGCCACUAAAACAGAGAAUUGGCGUUUUACACUAAAAACACAUAUACUAAGAUCUGAUCCAGUCACAUAUGCUGCUUAGUGUUCCAGCCAUUUACAAUUUCCAUAUGGAUCAUGUUUUAUGAGCUUCAUAAAUUAUUCAGUGAACACUGUAUCAUAUCAAUAGGAAGCAUAGUUGAUAAAUUUUUGCUUGGCAAGCUGUAUACAGUGAUUGUUGUCAUAUAGAUGAACUUAAAAUAUGUUACUUUUCACAGUGUUUCCUAGAGUGACAUAUUCUUGUUUUAUUUAGCAAUAUGAUUGAUGGUUAACUUUACCAUACUACUUUCAUUCACCAGAAAAGUGACAGACAUAUUUGGGACAGUCUUUUUUUGCAUGUUGCUCUUCUUAUGAAUUUAUUUAACCAUCAGACUGCUGGUGUAACCUGGAAACAUUUGAAAAUUAAUUUGAUUGUUCAUGCAUUUUUCGGAACAGUUGGUAGAAACACAUAUAUGUAUACAGUCAUCCUCCAUAUCUGCGGGUUCCGCAUCCACAGAUUUAACCAACUGUGGAUGGAAACUAUUUGGGAAAAAAGUUCCAAAAAGCAACACUUGAAUUUGCCAUGUGCUGAACAGCACGUACUGUGCCAGUUUCCCACUGUUUCACAGACCCUCAGUCUCUCUCCAGCACUGCUUGUUUAAGCACUGUUCACCUCACGUCUUGUCAUCAUCCCCUAAACAGUACGGUAUAACAGCUAGUUACAUAGUGUUUACAUUGUAGUAGGUAUUAUAAGUAAUCUAGAAAUGAUUUAAAGUGGACAGGAGGAUGUGUGUAGUUUAUAUGCAAAUACUAUGCCAUCUUAUGUAAGGGACUUGAGCAUCCAUGGAUUUUCAUAUCUGCAGGGGUCCUGGAACCAAUCCCCCAUGGAUACCAAGGGAUGGCUGUGUGUGUGUGUAUAUAUAUAUAUAUAUAUUUAUCAUGGUAAAAUAUAUGUAAAUAAUGUUUACCAUUUUUAAGCAUACAAUUCAGUGGCAUUAAUUAUAUUCACAAUGUUGUGCAACCAUCACUACCCUCUAUUUCCAAAACUUUUUCAUCAUCCCAAACAGAAAUUCUGUACCCAAUAAACAGUAACUCCCUCAUCUCCUCUCCCCUAGCCCAUGGUAACCUCUAAUCUACAUUCUAUGAAUGUGCAUAUUCAAUAUAUGUCAUAUGAAUGGAACUGUACAUUUUUCCUUUUGUGUCUGCUUAUUUCACUUGGCACGCUUUCAAGGUCCAUCCAUAUUGUAGCGUGUAUUAGAACAUCCUUCCUUUUUAUAGCUGGAUAAUACGCCAUUAUGUGGAUAUACCACGUAUUGUUGAACCAUUCCUCUGUUGAUGGACACUUGUUUCCAGGGCACUCAUUUUUUUGUAAGUCAUUUUAGAGAAAGAUAGGGUGAAUCCUUUUCUAUUCAGGUUAUCUUGUGAAAUCAUUUAGACGAACUGGUUUAGUAGCACUAGUUACUAUUUCAGUUAUCUCUACGGCUGAUAUAUUUUGGGCUAUUUAAAAAUAGAUUUUUUUUUUUUAAUUUAAAAGAAAAUGACUAUUUGACACGCGGUGACACUCAUGAAUUGACAGUUUUUAUUAGUUUCCUAUUGCUGCUGUAACAAAUUACCACCACUUCAGUGGCUUUAAAAACAUAAAUUUAUAGUUUUGAGGUCAGAAGUCCAAAAUGUGUCUCACUGAGCUAAAAUCCAUGUGUUAGCAGGCCUGUGCCCCUUCUAGGGCUCAAAGGGAGAAUCUCUUUUCUUGCUUUUCCAGCUUGUAGAGGCUGCCUGCAUUCCUUGCCUCCAUCUUCGAGCCAGCAGCAUACCGUCUUCAAUCUUUCUCUCUGACUCGAUAGUCUCCUGCCUCCCUGUUUCAUUUAUAAGGACUCCUGUGAUUACACUGAGCCCACUGCAUAAUCCAGGAUAAUCUCCCCAUUUUCAAGUCAGCUAAAUAGCAGCCUCGUUCCAUUUACAACUUUAACCCCUCCCUUGCCACGUAGCGUAACAGAUUCAUAGGUUCUGGGGAUUAGCACAUGCACAGCUUUGGGGGGCCAUUAUUCUGCUUGCUGCUGUGUGUUGGGUACUAGGUUUAGUGCUUCACAGGCAUGAUUUAAUCCUUAAAACAUUCUCAGGAGGUAGGUACAUACUGUUAUUUUUCCUGUUUUACAGAUUAAUUGAGGCUUAAAGAUUAAUUUACCUAAAGUUAAAUAACUAGUAAGUUUCAGUUAGACUCAUACCCAGAUCUGUCUGACUUCUUAGCCUAACCUGUUUUAAUAGUUCUGUCAGAAAUGUUUACUGCAUGCAAACUGAGUAGAAUAUUGUGAUUGUGGAUUGUUACGGUGUUUACACUAUAAAUGUAUUUCAGCUUUACUCUAGGUAAAAUUCUAAUUGUGAAAAAGUUGAAAAGCCUCUGCUUCUGUGUUUAUGGCCAGUAACGUUUUCAGAAUUGUCCUCUAACAUGUAGUGCUUUCUCCCCCGGGCUUUUCUACUAGGGGUUAGCUAUUUUUGGUUUAUAGCUAUGUAUGCUGCUCUUAAAAGUAGUAACUAUUUAGAAUAUCAAUCUGAAACAGGUAUUCAAAUCAUGGCACAUACGUAUGUACGUUCUUGGAACAUUAUGUGUAGUUAGCUGCUGCAUCUGAAAAAAGACACACAGAUCAAAGGGCAAAGAUAAACAGGAUUAAAACUGCUUAAGGCUAGCACUUACGAAUGUUCUUAAAGUUCUUGAUCUGUGGGGCUUCAGCUGACAAGCCCAUGCUCAUAAAUACGCUUUCCACAAUACUGGGGUCAUUGUAGGGACUGUCUGGUCUGUGUCAGUGUGGCUCUAUUAAGAGGAGUCAUCAGUGGUUACCUAGUGAGAGGGAUAUGGAAACUAUGCAUCAGCUCUGGAAAUGUUUCCCACUGGGUGUAGUGGGCAGACACAGACGGCAUGUCUGUAUUUAUGUCCUAGGCAGUCUUAGAAUCACGUUCCCAUCCCUGCCUCUCCCACCCCUCCGGGAACACUCAACAAGAUGUCCCAGUACUCUUGCGGCAAAACCAGCCUUUGCAUUGUUCUCUCCCUGGACAUUACAAGCACCUGCUGUGAUACCAUGUUACCAGUUCUGACUUCAUUCCAGUCGUGGAGUGUAACUCUUCAUUCCUUGGAAAGGCUUCAGGUGAUUCCCUCACCCCACUGCACCCCACCUGCUCUAGGGAGUCUUGAGUCUUCUUUUCACCCCAAGCACUGGGACUGUCCACACUAUUUUUCUCCAGGAUGCUACCUUCAGCAGAGGACAAGAAAAGUCCCCAAGCUCUGGCAUGCAUCAAUUACCUGGACGGUUUGUUCAAACACAAAUUACUGGGUCCGGCCCCAGAGUUUCUGAUUUGGUUGUCUGGGGUGGGGGCCCUCAGAUUUGUAUUCUAACCAAUUCUCACCCAGUUGAGAACCACUGAUAAUUGCAGUUUGGGCUUAGAUUUGUAAUGGUUUACAGAUCCCAUGGAUCUCUAUGUAGAAAAAGAAGUCAGUUUACAGAAAUCUUAACUUUCUGAGGUUGGUAUUAUGGAUGGAUAACAAUGUGUCCCAUCGGCUGUGCCAGGCUCAGUACAAUACCAGGUUGGUACUUCAGCUGAGGGCUAAGGUUUCCCUAAUCUAACAUGAUAUUUAGGUUACUGAGCAGUUAAUUAAGCUAAGCUCAUCUUAACCUUCUCAGGAACAGAUCUGGUGCUGUGUGGUGUAUGUUCUUACUCAAAAAGAGGAGAGCUGAUACAGAAAUUCUCAUGGGAACUCCACAGACACAUCCAAAUUCCCCGAAGGACUGAAUUGCUGGGCUGGGGGCUGUGGGGACCAUGGUCUCAGGGAACACCUAGCUCAACUGGCGUAACAUAGUUUAUAAAGAAAAUGUUCUACAUUCUACUUUGGUGAGUAGCAUCUGGGGUCUUAAAAGCUUGUGAGUGGCCAUCUAAGAUACUCCACUGGUCUCACCCAGUUGGGAGUAAGGGAGAAUGAAGAAAACUAGAUACACAAGGGAAAGGUUAGUCCAAAGGACUAAUGAACCACAACUACUAUGGCCUCCACCAGAUUGAGUCCAGUAUAACUAGAUGGUGCCCAGCUACCACCACCAGCUGCUCUGAAAGGAAUCACAAUAGAGGGUCCCAGACAGAGUUGGAGAAAAAUAUAGAACAAAACUCUAACUCACAAAAAAGGACCAGACUUACUGACCUGACAGAGACUGGAGAAACCCUGAGAGCAUGGCCCCUGGACACUGUUUUAGCUCAGUAAUGAAGUCACUAUGGGGUUCACCCUUCAACCAAAGAUUAGACAGGCCCAUAAAACAAAAGGACACUAAAGAGGCACACCAGCCCAGGGGCAAGGACUAGAAGGCAGGAGGUAACAGAAAAGAUGGUACAAGGAACCCAAGGUUGAGAAGGGGAGAGUAUUGAUUGACAUGUCAUGAUGUUGAUAACCAGUGUCACAAAACAAUGUGUACUGUUUGAUGAGAAGCUAGUUUGUCCUGUAAACCUUCAUCUAAAGCACAAUAAAAAAUAAAAAAAAUAAAAAAAUUCUCCUGGUGUGAUCCACUCUGUAAUAGCUGCAGCUGUCGCUAACAAAAUAUCCAAGAUACUGCGUUCCCAACCGAAACUUCUACCAGGGCAUAGACAACUCAAAACACUUUUUAAGCUUUUAAAAAUUAAAAAAAUAACUGUUUCCAUUGAAAGCUGUUAAAAUCAUUAGUACACUAGACUGCUGCAUUGACAUUAACUUGUAAAAGCCCUUCACUAUAGGGUUAGUUUGGGGGCAAAAUGAAGGAUCCAAAUUUUAUUGUCAAAGGAUUACUUUCUAAAAGUUAAAGUAUCAGACCUAUUCUGAAUACACUGUAUUUAUGUUUAAGCAGUUAUUACCUAAGUAGUUACUUCUUGCAUACUUAAUGUAUGUAAUUAAAGGAAAGAUUUCCUGGCAUUUUUUGAAAAUUGCAGUGUAUUGGCAGGGAAAUCAAGAUCCUUAACGUGGUCCUUGCCGCUCAGGGUGGUAGACCUCACCUCUGGGACAGUCUAAGGAAGGUUAGGAGAUCAGCCUUAGUUUUACCUACAAGCCCUGUCACAAUCUGUGGGGGAUAUUCUGGACCUUAGGGAGGGACUGGGUGCUGUAUCAGUGAUUAGUGGUUAAAGAGCAGUGAAUUACUAGGCCACAAGCUCUGUGCUCCCCUCUAGCAAGUACUUCUGAAGUGUCCGAUGACUUCAUGGCAGUCUAACUAGCAGGGCGUGCUCAAAUCCUGUGGCCACUAGGUGUCAAGGGUCACAAUG